AUCCGGCUUCAACUUUCCCGCCGGGAAAUUUUGGAACUUCCAAUUUUGUAAAACCUAAAGCGACACGAAGGGGAUUAACAUAGUGAGGGUGGAGAUUGAGAGUUUCGUAAAGAAUGGAGGGAAAGCAAGCUGGGUCUUCUCUUGAUCUGUUGAUAGCUUCGUUCAACAAACGAAUCGGCGAGUUGCAGGAACUCGUCAUCGCCCGGAACAUGUAUCCGGCGAGCAGUAUCCCGGAUUUGACGGCGAUCGAUACGGCGUUGAGCUCUAUGGAGCUUCAGGUACAAUCGAUCAAGGACCGAUUGCGUGAAGAGGCCGAAGCUAUUCCGAAAGCCAAGAAACUUAUAGAGGCAUCACUGAAACAGCAAGGGAAAUUGCAGAAGAUGUCUGUUUAUGCACCGUCCCAUUUUCCUGAUAAGACUACAAUGUUGAACUCUGAUAUCAAUAGAUGUUUGCUCCAAGAAAAUGUAAAGCACCACGAACAAAAUUCUGCUCUAAGCUCUUUGAAAUAUGAGGAUGAAGCAGCUGUUUUACCCAAGGAGAAGAAAGGUCGCGGGUCUCCUCCGCUCUGGUACAUAACUGUUGAAGAACUGAAUUCCCUCUCGUCAUACAUGAGGGGAAGGCUCACCCUUGAGAAAGUGAAUGCGGCAAUCAGUGAUAUGGCUUCAUAUGCAGAAGCAAAUGCUCAUCUUAUUGCAGCCCCAAAACAAAAGCUGGCGGAAAAUCUCUGGGAGAAAGCACUGAAACUACGAGAUAUUGUAACAGCCGGAUCAGUAAAGGGCAAACAUUUCUUUCUUGAAACUGACAUGAAGGGACCAAUGUUGAAACUAGACAACACAGGCAAAGCAAUACUUACGGUUCUUCGACACCUAGGUCGUAUUAGUGAGACUCGCAUAGGUCAAAAUCGCGUCAUCAUUCUUUUGAAGCCUCAAUAGAAUGUCUACUCGUGCUUUGAAUGCAUUAGGCCUAAUCUUACGCUGUUCUGCUCGACAGGCCCAGCUAGGCCCAGAAUUAAACUAUUGUGACCUUUAAAUUGCACGAAUUUGUAAUAUGGACAAAAUAUUUUAAACAAUUUCUCCUAU